UUCCUAGCUCUCGUAGUUGUUAGCACCAUUUUGUGAUGAAUGAGAGCAGUGAGGCCGACAGAGCUGCGGAGUAGAAGUAGAUUGGUGUUUUUUUUUUUAAACCAGUUUAGUUGGAUAUUGCUUUGUUUUUAAGUUCUAAGAUAUAUUUGGAAGAGGGGCAGUAGUUGUACAGUUCUCGGGCGUCAAGUAGAGAAGUUUGAAUUUGGUCGAGUCGAGCGUCGUCGAGCUAAAGCUACACGGCUAACAAAUCUACACGAGUCUUUCAAAGAAAAGAAGAGAUCCCCGCAAGUCUGAAGGAACAUGAGCGCCCCUUCUUCUCAAAAAGUCGUGCUGAAAAGCACCACCAAGGUGUCCCUGAAUCAGCGGUGAGGCGCUACGCAUCCUGACAGCAUUAUCUCAAGGCCAGGGGGAAAAGCAUACAGAAAUAACUAAGGCAUCAAGCCUCAAGACGCGUGUACUAUGGAGGUCAUUGAGGGGGAGACAUCAGACCUGACGCGGACGCUAGACCGCCCUCGCGGUGUGCGCCGCUCACCCAACAUGACAGCGAUUACAUGAUUGAAUGUUACAGAUCUGAUCGCGUGCCGUGUUUGGCGAGGUGUCUCUUGUGUGAGCGGCGCACACCUGGAGGUGAGAGGGUAAUGGUGAGCUUCACGAACAUGCUGAAGAACAAGCAGCCGACAGUGAGUAGCAUCCGGGCGAGCGUGCAGCAGCAGCAUGCAGCCAGUGCGAGGAACCGUCGUCUCGCUCAGCAGAUGGAGAACAGGCCCUCUGUGCAGGCUGCCCUGCAACACAAACAGAGCCUGAAGCAGCGACUCGGGAAGAGCAACAUCCAGGCCAGACUGGGUCGUCCCAUCGGCCCGCUGAUGCCGGGCAACGCCAGAGGACGGGGUUUUCCUGGAGGACUGCGUGGAGCUGGACGAGGACUGCGGGGAAGAGGGAGAGGUGGAGUCAUGAGAGGAGCGCUCUCUCUUAGAGGUGCCGGUCAGAUGAGAGGCAGGGGUGGUCCUGGACGCAUGGGUCUCCGUCGAGGCAUGCGUCAGCGUGGAGGAGGCGUAGGACGAGGUGCUCUGGGAGGCCGAGGAGCAGCACGUGGAGCAGCUGGAGGAAGAGGCCGCGGGGGUCUGAGAGGUCGUGGAGGGUUUGCAGGAAGGGGUCGUGGACGCGGCAGAGGCCGAGGAGCAGGACGCCCCAUCGUCACACGAGAGCAGCUGGACAACCAGAUUGAUGCUUACAUGUCCAAGACCAAGGGCCAUCUGGACGCCGAGCUGGACGCGUACAUGUCCCAGGCAGACCCUGAGAGCAUGGAGUAACCAGAGACAACAGCCCCCCGAAGAUCUGCAGAUAAUAGACUGAUUGACAAGAUGCACAUUCAGUUCCAUUAAAGCUGUUGCUCUUCAACACUCCCUGAGAAGACGUUUUAAACUUGAAGGUUGUACAAAGUUAUGGUUCCAUCCCCGUUAUCUUCAAAGAUUUGUGAGUCGCCACUCGCGUUUGUCUAAACUGAACUCUCUGUAUCAUCAUAAAAGCCUGACCACAGUUCUGAAACACAGGUCCUCUUAGAAAACACUGGGCAAUAAAGUGAAGGGAGAAAAAAAACAUGUUUUCCAUUGAACUAUAAGAGAGAUGGUGCGUGUUUUUAUUGGCUGAAAAUGUCCCAAUGUAAGCAGAACUGUAAGCAGGGACAUUUGAUCGUCUGGUGUUAAAAUGUGCUUUAUAGAGAUGAACAGACUGCCAUAAUGUUCUACAAAAAUGAAAC